CUCCCCCAUCUCCAAGCGUCAAAAAUAGCGAUCAUUCCCCCUCUUCAUCACGCAGUCACACCAGGCCAAAGGCUUUGGCGGUGCAAUCACAACCUCGAGACUCGAACGGCCGUUUUGGCAAGAAAGCCACGACGAACGGAAGAUUUGUCCGCAAGAAGUUUGGUCAUUUUCAGAACCUGACACGCACAGAGAGGCUUUUCCGCAGAAAUAUUAAGGUCACGCAGUGGCUCGCUGGCAGGCAUGAAGAAGAUGAGAUGGACGACGAAGAAGCAGGCUCACAGGACUGGGAUCAAGCGAAUGAUCCAGAGACCCUUCCUACUAGGCAAGCGAGCGGCAUCAUUCCCACCUGAAGGCUCAGCACCGCUAACGAAGAAGCCCCGACAUUGCCCCGGUGCAUUCGAAAGAAAUGAUGAAGCAUUGGAAUACAGCCCCUCUAUACACUCCGGGCCCUCGGCUUAUAAGUUCAAAGGGGUGGGUAGUAGUCUUCUGUAUCAUCCCAAUCCGACAAAUUACGCUCGGCGGAAGUGGGCACCGUGCCCUGAUGAUGAAUCUCAGGAUGAAGAAGAUAGUGGCCCCUCUCUUCCAACGCUGGAAAGUGAUAGUAUUGGUCCCGUCACGCCUGAUGAUCAGACGCCAUUACCCAUAGCUGGUCCUUCGCAGCUUGAGCAUACAGUGGCGGAAAAAUUAGCCCAGCGAGCUGGCUGGCGUGGGCCUGUAUACAAUAGCGUUCUGACCUUCCGACCAUCUCCAGUCAAUUUUGCCAGACGUCGUUGGUCCUCGAUGUCCAAAUCCCCCCUUGACUCUGGUCCAGGAACUCGCCGCAGCGAGCGGCUGAACCCAAAGGCUUCCUUCUGUGGUGAAGACGGUUCCACGAAAGUUCCUAGUGCAGAUGGGCUGCAUGCGACUCCCACUGUUGGUUCACGAUCAAGCGUUCGCGUUUCGUCCAUGUCGGAGAAUAUGUAUAUAGAAGGUGGUGCAAUUCCUCGUGCCGGGUCCUAUGCAUCAUCAUUUGACGACUUUCCGAUCUCAGAUGUGCACCGCCGCACUUCUUUUCCGGAUGACGGUACACUUGACUCGGCCAAUUCUGACGACGAUCGAGUUGUCGAAGGGCUUCUUUCUGAAAGCAAGGAGGCUCAUACUGGCGUUGUAAAUGAGGAGCAAUUCUCUCAUCUCCGUGUCACAUAUACGGCUAAACUUCCUGCCCCAGUACCCUGGAAGAACGCUCGUGGAACACCCAUGUCUCAUUAUUUGCGCAAAUCCGCUUCAUUUCAUGCAGACGACGAACCAUCCUCUCCCACUCGUUUUAUUGAUGCAGGUUGGGAGUCUGACUGUUCUCACUCAACAGCUUCACUAAUUGCCAGGGCGGAGUCUGAGUUAUGUGGACACAGUUAAACUUAAUAUUAAACUAAACUAUGUGGUUCUGUCCACCUUCGAAAUCGGUUAGCUCGUGACUUUUGUAUCAACUACGGUAGCAUUUUGUAAUUCUCGUCCAUACGCCCCACACAUACAUACACAUUCUUUGUCACCACGUAUCGAGUGCGUAUUCUAACGAUACAGUGA